AUGCGUCAAGACUUCCGGUACACCCUAGAGCGCAUCAUCGAGAAGGCCAAGGAAAAAGAGGACGCUGCAUACAGCCAAGCAAAGGUUAUUAUGAUGGCCACAACUUUGGCUAUGGUCUUGGGAUUGACAGGCGAUGAGGCGUUCAUGAGCAAGGAGGAAUACCUCGAGUAUCGUGAGGAACGCUCUCCUGGACUCUUGUGGGCAUAUGAACAGCUACCCAAGGUGCCACACGAGCAUGCAAUCGAGAAGACGGGAGAUGUUGAAGGCCUGAUGGCUCCUGGCGAUCGCGUCUGGGCGGCGAGCAAAGGGGGCAUCAAGCACGGAUGGUCUGACAUGGAUCCCUACUGGAAGUACAUUGUCGCUUGCUAUGGCAAAGAUCUACGAUCGGUAUGGUAG